AUGCGCAGCUGCCUGCCACCCGUCCGGACGCAGAGAUCUUGCAACGAGUGCGCUGGCUUGCCCUGCGUCUGUGUGAGUGAGGUGGUGGUGUGGGCGCCGCCUGCUCCGGUCCUGCGCGGCAGUGAUGCAGACCAUUGUAAUAGGUGUCCAGAUGACCAGCAUACAAACUGGGAUCAAGAUCAAUGUGUCCCCAAGGUAAUAACCUUCCUGGCCUAUGAAGAAUUGCUGGGGACCAGCUUAGCUUCAUUAGCCAUGUUCUUGAUCCUAACAACUGGUUUUGUCUUGGGAAUCUUCAUUAAAUACAUGGAGACUCCAAUAGUCAAAGCCAACAACCGGGAUCUCUCCUAUAUUCUCCUUGUCUCCAUCCUGCUCUCCUUUUUGUCCUCCUAUCUAUUCAUUGGUCACCCUGGGAAGGUGGCCUGCCUCCUCCGACAAACUGUCUUCAGCAUCAUCUUCUCAAUUGCCAUUUCUUCAGUGCUUGCCAAAACUAUCACUGUGGUGGUGGCUUUCAUGGCCACAAAGCCAGGGAACAAGAUGAGCAGAUGGCUGGGGAAGAGUGUGGCCAACUGCAUAGUCUUUUGCUGCGCCACUAUUCAACUAGGACUCUGCACCAUCUGGCUGGGAAUCUCUCCUCCCUUCCCAGACUCUGACAUGCACUCCCAACCUGGACAGAUCAUCCUGCAGUGUAAUGAAGGGUCAGUCACCAUGUUUUAUAGUGCCCUUGGUUACAUGGGUUUCCUGGCUGCCAUCUGUUUCGUGGUGGCUUUCCUAGCCAGGAAACUUCCCGGGGCAUUCAACGAAGCCAAGCUGAUCACCUUCAGUAUGUUGGUCUUCUGCAGUGUUUGGGUGUCCUUUGUGCCCACCUACCUGAGCACGAAGGGGAAAUACAUGGUGGCUGUGCAGGUCUUCUCCAUCUUGGCCUCCAGUGCUGGGUUGCUGGGUUGCAUCUUUCUUCCCAAAUGCUACAUUAUUCUCUUGAGGCCUGAUCUAAAUAAAAAAGAACAUCUAAUCAUGAAAAAUAAAGAUGGCAUCUGAUUCUGAGCAUAUGCUGAGUAUCUGAUGAAGAAAAUGAAAGAUGCAAUCUGAUUCGUAGAAUAUUUCCCCCAUUUUUUAAAAUGUAAGCCUUGUUAUGGAGCGGCUAACAAAUAA